UUUUUAUACAGUAUUUAUGUAUUUCUCAACCUUUUAAGUCGUUCAAAUUACUAUGUGGCCCGCCAGUAGCAUUGCCUGAACAGCGCAUUUUUCUGCACAUACCACACAAUCUGAUUCAUGUGUUUCGCGCUUGGGUCGCUAGGAGACACAGAUAAUACCAGGGAGAAGUCGUGAACAGUCGAGCUGAGACCGCGUUGAGUGCAGUGUCGUCUGGAGCGCUGUGUGUAUUGACAAUGACAGUUGCCUGUCGUAAGUGCGUGGGGAAGAUGAACGCGGUGUGGAUAAUAAAGCAUGUUUAGCGUCUGUUUUAACAAUUCAUUAUUCAUUGGUGCGUGAAGUAGAAAGUGCAUUAUGUGUAUGUGUCAUAUGUGAGGGAUAGAUAAGUCCGUACAACAACAACCAUGAUUCGACAAGGGUUAGGGACCAGUCCGGAAGUAGGCGUGCCGGACAUGACUGUCAUUUCGGACAUCGAUGAAUUGGGUAUCAACAGGAAUCUUCUAGUUCGUUACGACCGGGACCAGAUCUAUACAUACACAGGGACGAUCUUGGUAGCCGUGAAUCCUUACAAGGAACUGGACAUCUACACGUCGGAAUACGUAUUUCGUUACCAUGGACAGAAGAUGGGAGCCCUGGAGCCUCACGUGUUUGCUUUAGCCGAGGCGGCUUACAAGUCGCUCCAGGCGUCAGACAACUGCAACCAGUCAUGCGUCAUCUCGGGGGAAAGUGGGGCGGGGAAGACGGAAACAACGAAGUUCAUUCUGCAGUACCUGUGUUCGGUCACCAGCAACGUCAGCACUUGGGUGGAACAGCAGAUUCUGGAGGCCAACACCAUCUUGGAAGCUUUCGGAAAUGCCAAGACUGUUCGCAAUGACAACUCUAGCAGGUUUGGUAAAUUUAUGCAAGUUUGUUUUGACAACAAGUGGAUGAUUAAAGGUUGCAUCAUUCAGGAUUAUUUGCUAGAACAGUCACGGAUCACAUUUCAAAGUCCUGGCGAGCGGAACUACCACGUUUUCUACCAACUUGUCGAAGGAGCCAAGAGCAACAAAGAAUUGGCAGACCAGCUGAAACUGAAGCCUGCAGACUUCUACAAGUACCUGAAUCAGUCCGGUUGCAUCAAAAUUGAUGGAGUUAGUGACGCAAAGAAAUUCGAUGCCCUGAGACUGGCUUUCAAUGUCCUCCAUAUUCCGUCUGAGAUGUGUGAUGGCAUAUUCUGCGUUCUGUCCGCCAUACUGUGGCUUGGAAAUAUGGGGUUUGAGGAUAUAGAUGGGGAGAGGUGUAAACUGACGGACGAGGACCAAGAAGUUCUGCAGACGGUGGCGUCUCUGCUGGGACUUCAGAUGGAGGACCUGGUUCAGGUUGCACUACUGAGGCAAAUUAACGUCAGAGGCAACAUCACCGAGAUACCUCUGAAACUUCAGGAGGCAAAGGAGAACCGACACGCCAUGGCGAAAGCCUUGUACUCGCGCACCUUUGCGUGGUUGGUAAAUCACAUCAACACAUGUACCAACCCAGGCCAAGAUUCCACGCGCUUUCUUGGUGUUCUUGACAUCUUCGGUUUUGAAAACUUUGCUAUCAACUCGUUCGAACAGCUCUGCAUCAACUACACCAAUGAGAAGCUGCAUAAGUUUUUUAAUCAUUAUGUAUUUGCACUGGAGCAGGAAAUAUAUCGACAAGAGGAAAUUGAAUUCUCUCAUAUCCAGUUCACAGACAAUACAGCAUGCCUGGAGCUGGUGGAGAAGCCCCCAAGAUGUAUCCUGAAGUUAUUAACAGAGCAGUGUCACAUGCCUAAGGGUUCAGACCUGGCAUACCUCACGAACCUGCACGCAGAAUUUGAUGGACAUCCGAAUUAUGUAAAAGGUGAUGAUAGACGCCGUUGGGAAAAGGAAUUUGGUAUACAGCAUUACGCUGGCUGUGUGACGUACAGUGUUGAUGGUUUUGUUGAUAAGAAUCGUGACGUGCAGCAGGAUGUUUUUUUUGACUUCAUGAGCCGUUCUACGAAUGAGUUUGUCCAAGAACUAACGAUGUACCAGGACCUUCUUGGCUCCACAGUGUCUCGGAUGGGUAGCGCUAGUGUGGCCACUGUCCCGAGAGGGACGAGCAAGGGCAAGCCGACAGUCAGCGACACGUUCAGACACCAACUCCAGGCACUUGUUGAUGUGCUGCAAGCUACCAAUCCAUGGUAUGUGCGAUGCAUCAAACCGAACAUGAAGAAAGCACCAAACAACUACAAUGAGAAGUUGGUGCUUGACCAGUUGAAGUAUUUGGGCAUGCUUGAUAUCAUCAGAAUCCGCAAGGAAGGUUAUCCUGUUCAUAUGACGUUGACUGAGUUUAUCCAGCGGUACAGGUGCUUAUAUCGCGGCAAAUUACCCGCUUGUGAGACUGAUGCUGCCAGAGCACUAAUAAAGCAACAGGGUGUUCCCAGUACUGAAUGGCAAAUUGGUAAAACCAAAGUGUUCGUUCGGAGCUGUAUACACGAACCACUGGAAGAUGGGCGGAAUCAGGUGGUUCAUGCCAUGGCAAUACAAAUCCAGAAGUUCUGGCGCGGUUACACUGUUAGGACAGAAUUCCUCCAGCGUCGUAAAGCUGCUUUACGAAUACAGCACGCAUAUCGUGGUUGGAAGCAACGAUUGCUGUUCCUUCGACAGCAAAGAGCAGCCAUAGUUAUUCAGUCACAUCUUCGUGGUGUCUUUGCAAGAGAAGUGGCUGCAGCAUUACGUGAAAUGCGACGUGUAGAAGAAGAAAUGCGCAAACGAGAGAAACUUGAAGAGGAGCGUAGGCAAAGAGAGCUGGAGAUCGACAAACAACAGACAGAAGAUGAAAAGAAAGCUCUUGAAGAUAGUGAAAGCAAGCAGUAUCAUGGUUUAGUAGGAAUGGAUCGAGGGGCUGCACAGCAGGAGAUAGCAGCUCUCUCUCAUAUGGCUGAGCAACUCAAUUCAAAGCUUGCUGUCACUGAACAAGUGGGGGACUCCGUGGAUUUAGACAAUCUGUUCGCUUUUCUAUCAGAUGUACAGCCUAAUCGUAAUCAAAUCAUAGAUGAAAUUGGCGAGAGGAUGAAUGAAUUGGUUGAAGACUUGGAUGUGGAGCUUGAAACUGUGAUACAACAGGAGAAUCAAGGCCUGGCAAAUUCUCACACUCCUGUGCCACCAUGCAGUCUAGAUCUGCAGCCACAGUCUCAGAGAAACAACGGUGGCUCCAAGUGUCUGGGGCUUCCUUCACUUCCAGAACCAACAGAGCCUCCUCCGCCACCUCCAACAGGCCCUGGUGGAGUUUUAGUAUGUACCAAUGAUGCAAGUCCUCCUCAGAGUACUUCAUCAGAACCCAUCUAUGAGUCGGUGCUGCCACGAGAUGAGGGGGGAGGUGGCUCAUCACCACCUCCAUUACCUACACCUGGACCACCUCAUAAGCUGCGUCCUAAGAGUCCUGGUGUGGAGAGGAUUCAGAGGGUGAAUCACAAUCAUGUUGCAGAUAGGGUUCCCAGUCCAAGACCCAGACCCGGCUCUCCUAACUGCAGUUCUCCACGUCAUAGUCGACCCAGCUCCAGAGGUUCAUCUGUUUCUGGGGGUAUUCAGUCGUCAUAUUCUUGGCGAUACAAUGGACAUGAUGAACCUGAGAGAGAACAAAGACGAAAGUUCCGCGUAGAGAAGAAAUUACAAGAACUGGAGGAGAUACAAGACAAAGAGGCAGCAGCUGCCGCACUAGACGACACUUACCACGACAUUGUUGAGUUUGCACACAACUACUUCAAUUCUCAUGAAAGAUCUCCCGAAGGUACCAUUAUGGCUACGCUUACUAGGAAGAGUAAGUCGACUGAGAUUAUGCCAAAGUAUGAGAUGGUGACAUACUAUCGAGGAUCCACAAUUCCUAAUUCCCACAUUCACAUGUUUGACCCAGACAAUGUAAAUGUGGCAUGUUCUAUCUUCAGGGAUUUAUGUAAAUAUAUGCGUGGGGAGCUGAAACCUGAAUCAGAGCUGCAAACAAUCCAAAGUAUUGUUGGCUAUGGCAUAGAACGCGAAGAGUUACGAGAUGAGAUCUUUGUUCAGUGUAUGCGCCAGGCGACCAACAAUCCCAAUCCUGACUCAACUGAGAGAGUUUGGCUUCUGUUGUGCCUCUGCAUAGUGGCUUUCCAGCCCAGCAAACUCUUGUAUAAAUACUUUGUGUGCUUCCUGCGGAAGAGCCUACAGCUGGAAGGAAAAUUGCGGCAAUAUGUGCAAUGGUGUGCAGAUAACUGCAAGAACACAAAAGUUUCAUGCAGGCAGUAUCCCCCUUCCACAGUAGAGAUUGCGGCAAUGCGGCGUUUAGGUACGAUUGUGUGCCGGUUUUUCUUCCUCGAUGGGCGUACAAAAGCGAUAGAUGUUCAUCCAACAGACACAGCUUCAGAUGCAUCUAGCAAACUGGCAGAAAAACUUGGUCUUCGAAAUCUGGAGGGCUGGGCCAUUUACCAAAGCCGACCAGAUGGGGAGGAGCAUGUUCGAGCACACGACUACCUCUAUGAUGUCAUUGCAGCGUGGGAAAUGAAACAUUGUAAACUGGGCACUACCAACACAUCUACAUUUUCAACAUUGAGUCGACGUGGCAACAGUGCGACCUUGGGUAGUGGGGAGAACAGAUUUGUAUUCAAGAGACGAUUGUUCCGAACCACCCGAGAACUUUCUCAGGAUCCAGUGGAAGUGAAUAUGCUGUAUGCACAGGCUGUGUACAGUGUUGUAAAGUGUGACGACUUCCCCGUGAAUGAGAAGGUAGCUCUUCAGUUAGCCGGUCUACAGGCACAAGUAGCACUGGGUGAACCCAAGGAUGUUAAUCGACUGGACUACUAUUCUGAUGUGGACACCUACCUACCUCAACGAAUUUCUCGGACUCACAGCGAAGAGCAAUGGGUACCUGUCAUUGCCCAAGCACAUAGACAGUAUGGGGCUAGUCGUUCUGAGCUCACUGCCAAAGUGCUUUACCUGUCUUGUGUGAUGCAGUAUCCACUUUACGGGACCACCAUGUUUCAAGUCACUUAUCGUGGCUAUUGGUCAUAUGGUAACAGCCUGAUUCUGGGGGUGAACUCUGAGGGGCUGAUGCUGAUCAAACCAGAUGAUAAGUUUGUCUUGUACGAGUACCGCUACCAAGAUGUGGAAUCAAUCUUCCUGGACCCUAGUGACAGUUUUAUAACCAUCAAUUUGAUGAGGCAGCAGCCUGACAACAGUCAUCGUUGCUUUGUAUUUGAGACUGAACAGAAGAAUGAGAUUGGUUCACUCAUUGUGAGCUACUGUCCUGCACUUGCUGCCUGGAUUACAGAGAACGAAGCACCCAUCAGGAAGGUGAAGGCAAUAACUAAUGAGGAUAGAAUACGCCUUUACCAUAACUUGGUAAAUUGCCGUCGCACUCUUGUGGAUAGUGAUACUUUAAGAAAGCCACAAGAUACAGGCGGAGGUUUCUUGAGAAACACAUUAAGAAGGUUGAGCAAGCACCGGUUGGAGAAACUCCGUCAGGAACACGGAUCAAGCACGGAUCACGGGGAGACAUACAAGGGCUUCCCAUAUGCAUACUGGGCAUUCAGUCGGCAGGCGAUUCCCCAGAGCCUUAGCAAGAUGCCAGAGGUUGAUGAGCAGGUGGCCUUGCAGGUUUUCCAGAGUAUCCUUACGUAUGCUGGCCUUGGGCAAGAUGGUGAUGCAAUUCGCAGAGUAGAGGAUGAGCAUGUUAACCUGAUCCAGUCGAUUAUGGAACGGUGCAUGCGUAAAGAGCCACUACUCAAUGAACUGUAUCUGCAACUUGUGAAGCAAACAACUGAUCAUCCGGACCCGAACUCCAGGGUCAACUUACGUCACUGGGCAUUACUCUCACUGGCUUGUUCCGUGAUCCUUCCGCCGCAGAAGACUGUCCGCAAGUACCUCAUUGCGCAUCUCAAACGAUGUGCCAGUGACUACGUCACUGAGGAAGGCAAAUACGCUCGAUUUGCAGAAAAGUGCUUAUAUAAGACUCAAGGCACACGCCGGCGGCAAUGGCCACCAUCCCAUGAAGAGAUAAUGUGCACCAUUAACAGGCGUCCCAUCUACGCAAGAUUUCAUUUCAUGGACGGCCAAUAUCAUGCCGUUGAGUUCCACCCAUCUGCUACUGCUAAAGAUGUCAUGGAGAUAGUAAGAAACAAGAUAGGUCUUCGUGAAACAGCCAUGGGUUAUGCUAUUUACGAAGUUCUGGGCAACUCGGAACGCAGCCUCGUACCGGAAGAGAAGGUGGCAGAUGUGAUGUCAAAGUGGGAACGAUAUCGUUCGGCAAGUGCCGCAGCGAGCCAGGCAUCUGGUACUGCAACCUGCCGUCGCCAGCAUCACUUCUUCCUCUUCAAGAAACAUUUGUUCCUUGAUCAGUACAUGGAUUUGGAUGAUACAGUGGAGAAAGAACUGCUUUAUCACCAAGUUCUGCAUGGUCUGAGAUCAGACAGGUUUCCUGUUACAGAAAAUGAGGCUGUGAUGCUCGCAGCUCUGCAGGCUCAGUUGGAGUUGGGAGACUGUGGCGAUAUGUUGGAAGACUACCGACCUAUAGCUAGCCAUUGUUUACCACCAAGAUUUGUUCCUAACAUACCACAUGACGGUGUAGCAUUACACCAUCAGAGCCUGCGUGGAAUGACAUCUGCUGAAGCAAAGAAAGCUUUCCUGAAUCUUAUUCAAAGUUGGCCACUGCAUAGGGCUACCAUAUAUGAUGUAAUGCAAUCUUUCACAUCCAAUUGGCCGCGUGUUCUGUGGCUUGCGGUCGAUCAGGAUGGCCUGCAUCUCUUGGAGCAUCGGUCUCGUAAUGCUCUUUGCACUUACGAGUAUGAUAGCAUCCUAAGCUACAGUCCUGCUCUAAACUGCCUCAUGAUUAUCACUGGCAGUGAGAAGAAACAGAGUAAAGUCAUUCUCACCACAUCUCAAGCAUUCCAGAUUGCUAAUCUGAUUCGGGAAUACACUGAAGUUCUCCAGCAGUCCCCUCAGCAAGUGAGACGUAGAGACAACAACGCAAAAAAGCGAAGUGGUACCUCUAGUCGACCAGUUAGCAUUUUGCACAAACCUGUGCCUGUCAUAGAUUCUGUUGCAAGUUAAAGUUAGUAUUUUUAAAAUUGGGACGUUCACAAAGAAGGCAAGUCAACUAGUCAGCAUUAUAUUCACGCUUACACUGUCUCCUUGGACGUGUCAUUGGAAAUGAAGUUGGAAACAAUCUUGAGAUAUAAUUGUAUCACAAUUGUCAGUGUCUGCUGUAUUGACGUGAAGAAGUUGAUUAUUGUUUAACAGGUACAGUUGGAAGGAUUAUCGGGACACUUAUUCAGUCUGCAGAAGUAUAACGAAGAUGUUCUUGGUGGGAAUUUGAAAUCUGACAGCACUGUAAACAAUUUGCCUAGUCAUUAUGUAUGCGUGCGUGGUACUGAAUAAUUAUCUGUGCCACAUUCUUAUCCUCGCUGUGCAAUGUGAUGCUCGCAACAAGAUGUAUGACUGAGUUAUAAAAAAAUACUUGUUUUAUCAUUGACUGUGGACAUUUGAAAAGAUGAAGUGUUUACAUCAGUAUCAUAUUACUCUGUGGCCAGAUAUGUCGUAAAAGGUUGGUAAUUAUUAGUGAUCAUGGCUUUAUUUCUUUUCUUUCCAGACUUUUUAUACAUAUUAUCAUCCAGUUUAAUCGGUGGUGAUACGGACAGCCAUUUAAUCUGUUGAAUAAAAAUCAAAAUCAUGUUCUGUCCACAUGGCUAUGGUUAAUACUUGUCUCGUUAAGAAAAAGAAUUUUCAGUGGUCCAAAGUGGGAGCAUGUUUUGCAACAAUUCAGAAUGUAAAUACAGGAUGUGUAACAUGAAUGCAGUGUACAAAUACAGCAAGAAACUGUAGGUGUGUUUCCUAUUUAAAUUGCUAGGGCAUACCAAAUAAUUUGACAUUUUAUGCUAAUAUAACAUGAGCAUAGCUGUAAUUGUGAAUCAGUAUACAGUAUUUAUACAUAAUUAUUAUCUAGACUAGAACUAAACAUCCUGUGUGUAAAUAUAAGUCAUUUUACUUUAGAAAAAAAUCAUGUUAACAUGAUCAUUUGUAUAAAUAUUUAAUACCAUCAGUAUAUAACUCAA